AUGGCGACCGGAUCUGUGUCGUGUCUUCGAACAACACAGCAGUCAUUGUCUGUUUCUGCCAGAGAAGUCACAAUUUUCCCACCAAACGAAGUUUUCACUGAUGUAAUGUACCACUACUUUGAGCUCUCCAUGUUUUUCAUUUUUGGCAGCGUGAUCGCGGUCUUUGGAAUUGUCUCAAACGUGAUCAAUGUUGUUGUUUAUUGCAGACAAGGAGUUAAAGACAGCGUGACAGUCACGUUUAUAGCCUUAUCUUUAUGGGAUUUCGGAAACUGUUUUACUUCAUUACUUUCAAUCAUUUGCUUUAUUAUCGAAAGCCACUUUCCGAUUCCAACCGUGAACUUUUUGGCUAUCCAGUAUGUUUACUUUGGCUACACUCGAGGAUUCACUUAUAUCUUGUCAACUAUUGUCACCAUGCAUUUGUCUAUAGAGAGAUGUAUUUGUUUAAUAGUUCCGUUUAAAGUCAAAGAGGUAUUUACAAAGUCUAGGUCCAUCUUGAUCAACGCGGCAAUCGUUAUAUUUAGCUGUGCAUGUUUUUGCCCAGCUUGGGCCACGCAAGGGCUGCAAUGGGAGUUUGAUGGACGGUUCAAUAACUCACGACUGGUUCUGUGGAUAUCGAUAAACAGAAGAGACGUCGACGUUUUCGUGGACAUGUUUAACGGCGUGGUUAUACCAACCAUCGCCCAGAUCGUCAUCACCAUCAGCGCCGUUUUCAUGUUAUCAGCAGUCAAAACUUCGGCCAAGUUCAGACUCAGGUCGACAGGAAUGUCUGCUGUAAAUGAGGGACAAUCUGGCACACAGGUCGCAGUUGAUUCAAAAACAGAUAAGAAGCCAAAUACAAAAGACAAAACCAUGAGUACUAAAGACUCCAAACUGGCAAAGGUUGUAAUAAUGGUCGCCGUCAUUUUCUUUGUUUGUAAUUUACCAGUGUUAAUUGUAGCAGUUGCGAGAGCUUUGGUACCCAAGCUAGAUAUUGGUAAGACGUAUAAUAAUCUUUACCAUGUGGCUUACAUUCUAGUCUACGACUUUGGCCUGGUCAAUUCCAGCGUCAACAUCAUUGUUUACUAUUUAGUGAGUAGCAAGUUCAAAGAGGUUUUUCUUUCAUUGUUUACCAGCAACAGAAAGCCAUGUACGAGCUAA